CCCCUGAAAUAACACAAGAAUAAAUGCGGUAUUUUGUUUAUGUGGGUGAGCUGCAAGACAACAAGAAUAUUAAUAUGCUAUUGACAAUCUGCAUUGACAUUAGAGGUCAGAAAUAAGUUAUAUGACGUCAAAUAUAGAUCUACAAAAAAAGAAUAAAAAAGUGACACAAACAAGCAGUCUAUAUAUAAGAAAGCACACCCGCAUAGGCUAGAUCUUUCUGGAGCUAGUUAGAUACUAGUGGUUUAUCGUUGAUAACAGCACAGUCAUUUUAAUCCUUUAAAAUUAAUUCGUAGAAAAAUACACACACACACGAAAAGAAUUGAGAGACAAGAACGGAAUAUAUUUUUACUGUAUAUUAGCUAAUGUAAAGAAGAAUUCGGGCAUCCACGGUGGCUCAGUGUUAACGAGUAUCUUGUGCUUAAACCAAUAAUAAAUGGCAGGGACCAUCUGCUAUUCUUUUCUCCUUCAAGAUGGAGGCAAAAAGGAUCUACGAAACGUCACAUGUACAUAUGGCGUCAUAAAGCAAAAAACAGGAAAGUGAUUUGGAGACACCUCGGAGCUUUCGGAAGGGAUACAGCAUUCCACGGAGAAUCAGAUCCACCUACUAUCAAUUUUCAACAGGAACAAUACUGACCAGCUUUUUUUGAAAGAACAUGUUGCACCCAAGCCUGUGGUCAGUAAAGCUGAAAAUCACAUCGCAUACUUUGACUGGUAACUGAUUAGAACAGUUUGUCCGAAGCUGAGGAAGAGACAUCUCCAUUUCUAAUAAAAGGUGGAGUAUCUGCUCAGCUGUUGCAGUGUAGAGGACACUGCGUAUGUAUUUUUGCCAGUGUGCAUUCUGCAUCCAGUUCAUGCAAUAUUAUCAGUACCUGGGACAGUGCUGCGCCAUCCAAUGUGUUUACAAUGAGCAAUUCUGACGCCAGCAAUUGGUCUUGGCCUGGGGGCUUUGCCAGUGCGCGCUCUGUCGUCCACAGAGAAGACAGGUGGGGCGCGGGAACGCGGCGUCCCGACGCCCCCGUGUGAUGAUGACGAUGGCCGAGACCCAGGUUGAAUCUACUGCGGCGGCGACGGCGACAACAGCAGCAGCAACAACUCAGAAUCUCGUGCAGACAGACCAGCGACAUGGUGACAAGAAUUUCAGCAACAAUAACCACCCAUACGCCACUAAUAACAACUGCAGAAACAACAAGCAGGGGAAAAGAAAGCGUCUGAGUCAGGUGGUAGACAAACUCGCGAUUCAAGUGUCCUGCACAGGGCAGCGGUCACCGAAUAACAACGCCCACAAUAACAACAACAACAACCAUAUCGACAAGAAUGAGUUCAGAGCGCCGGCCCAUGUUCUGAAGACGCCGGAACACAUGUUCAGUGGUCGCCACCCCGAGCCUCAGGACCAGGCCGGACGAGACAUGGCGCCCCACCACGGUGAAGAAGAACUCCGCUGUGAUAGCGCGGACAGAGAGCGUUAUCACUACGGCGCCAUCUCGAGCGAAGUAGAGGACGUGUUUUGUCCAGCGUCCUCCUCCGACAAGUCGCCCAACUCAUCCAGAAUGAGUUUCAGCCCACUGAAUAUUAAAGACAGUAGUACUGAAGGGAAGAUGGAUGGUGGAAACAUCUGCAUCCCUCCUCCAGCGCUGUCACUAGUCCGUAAUUUUGUUGAGCCUCCUGCAGAACAUGAGAAACAGCAUUUCAGUCUUCAGCCCAGCUAUUCUGGUUAUCCCUGCACUUUAUGCCCGAUAGGUAGUGGCCUCUUUCCACAAGCCCAAGACAGAUUGUUCUCGCCUUCUUUCGUUGAUCCUCAAACCCCAAAGUCUCCAAUAGUUGCUCCUACACAGAGUUUCGAAAGCUUCCUGCAAACCAAGUACCCAGAUGUAUUCCACAAACGGAACCAUUCGGAUUCGGACCUUCCGGAUUGGUUGGAGAAAGGGAACGCAGUGAGUGGGGCGCAGAGUCCAGGAACAGUGCUGGGGCAGCGCGGCAGAACGAUGUCUCAUCCUCCCACUUUACAGCAAAUGUCUCACCAUGGAAAAGGAGGCUCGCUGGAGUCGGAACAUUCUUCGCUGCAAGAUUCACCGCUGGAUCUGUCCAUGAAGGGGAGUCGUGAGCGAGUGGCGAGAAAUGCAAGAUCGGACUUCGUACCGCCUCCACCCAAAGAGCUGCCUCCACCGCCGAUGCAGUUGCUGCCACCGGGUUAUCUUUCGCCGCGGGGAGUCGUCACUGUGCCCAUCGUGAAAGGAGACGUUGCAUCUUCCACCACGAAGGAGUCUGUGGCAGUGCGCUAUAACAUUGAGGUGUCUCCCGUAGUAGAGGAGAUGCCACCCGGUGCUGACGUGGCAUACGUGUGCCCCCACUGUGGCCAGAUGUUCAGCCUCCACGAUCGGCUAGCUAAGCACAUGGCUUCGAGGCACAAGACGCGACAGCAUACCCCUGAUUCUUCCGCCAAAGCUUACCUCUGCGGCAUGUGCAAGCGGUCGUUCGCGCGCAGCGACAUGUUAACUCGACACGUACGCCUCCAUACGGGUGUGAAACCUUACACGUGCAGGGUUUGCGGACAGGUUUUCUCGCGCUCGGAUCACCUCUCCACGCAUCAACGCACGCAUACGGGCGAGAAGCCGUAUAAAUGUCCACAGUGCCCAUACGCUGCGUGCCGACGGGAUAUGAUCACGCGGCACAUGAGGACCCACGCGCGAUAUGAACCAGGUAGUGGCGGUGGUCACUCUAGCUCCGAAACUGUCGAGGACCACGUGAUCACUUCUGAUAUAUCACUUUCUCCCUCUCAGGCGCUCAGCUCAUUGUCCGUGCACUCGCCCAUGGACACUUCUUCUGUCGAAGAUGAUUGUGACUGACGUACAUUUUACGCCAUGUUUACUGCAUGGCAAAAAUCUCCCGUUUAACACGUGAGAACCAGUAAGGCAGCGCACCAGUAUAUUUGUAGCUGCAUGAUAAUUACAAUAGUGUAAAUGGCAUUGUUCAUCUUGGUCCCAUCCGUAGCAAACAGGUAUUUAAAGGUUGGGCAGGACAUUCUCACAACCUUUAUAAAAAAGUGCUUUUCUGAGUAAGAUUUACAGUUUGUAUGAGUGGGAGUUUUGGACCAAAAUGUACAUUGACAUGCGUACAGUGACCUCUGCGCCGAAAAGAAUGUGACACUCCUUGAGUUGUAUGCCCGUAGAAUGUAAGCAAGCGAAUUGUAGGUUUACGUUAAAUAUGAUGAAUGCUCACCGGGGUUCAUGAAUGUACUCUAAUAAGAGGAGGUUGUGAUGAGGCUGACACUUAAACCAAUCGGUUUCUUCGCUUGGAAUUCGGGAAGUUUUAACUUUGUUUCAUUGAUGUUGUCAUGUUAAGUUUCUUCGAUGGUAUAUGGCAAGAAAUUGUUGACUCAAACUCACGUGUACAAAAUACACCGUCGGCCGAUUGUAACAACUGCGGUUUAUCAUUGUAUAUACAUUUUUUUAAAAAAAGGUGCUUUGUUUCAUCAAAUACCAUACUCUCCACAAGAAUGUUUCUUCCCCGAUGGGUUGUUAAAAUAUAAUCCCGUUCAUAACUAUGUGAAUGACAAGCCAAUUUUUUAUAUUAUUGCAUGCUUUUAUUAAUCUGUUCUCACUUAUAUUAGUGCCUCCUCCCCCAUAAAUAUAGAUUCGACUGUUUUGCGCUCUGGAGCUCAAAAUGGCGUAACAGUAAAGGCGCAGAUUUACGCAACUCGCUUUCAAGUACUAUAACUAGAUUCUAAUUGCCAGUUUUCCUCCUGCAGUAAAACUUUUUCAGUUUAACUUCCAAAACGUCCAUGUGGCUUGUACGUUAUACACCUAUAGAUGGACAAUUACUUGAGAAAACUAUGGAGGGGUGGCACAUUGAUUAAAAACAAAAGUAAAUAUAUCUAGCAGUUACAAAACGCUUGUCCAAACUUGAAUCUCUUUACUUGAAACUAAUAAUCUCGAACCCUUACAAAGACAUCUUGCUCUACAAAUAGUAUUUUUACUGUGCCCGCGUCUUUUUGUGUUGGCCGUCUGUCAUGUCACGUGUUGGUUGUUUUUAGUGUAGAAUUUUAAUAAGCCGUGAUAUAUCUUCCUCUGCUACUGCUGAUGGACGAAAGCAAUUGUAGUUGGUUUUUGUUUUUUGGGCUCGUGGUAAGGCCUAAUUUGUAACGCGGCGGUUAAAAUCAAAUCUUGUUAAGGUAUUUUGCUGAACCAGAUUUUGAAAUGCUUUCCAAUUUUCCUCUUUUAUUUAUAACUGUUAUCAAGCGGUUUUGAUGCAAGCAGGAAACGCUUAAUAUUAUAACGUCGCACUAUGCAGAAGGUGAUAAACCAAUCAAAUUAAACUACAUCUCCGUUUCCACAUCUAUAAAUAAACAUUAAAUUGUACAAAAGCUACUGUAUUUCAUGUCUCCAAUUUUGCUUUCAGUUAUGGAGCUUAAUAUAGUGAAAAUAUUUCUGUCUACCAGAGACUCUUCAUUGAUUUCAUUUCGCAAAUUAUAACCGUCUUCGAUCCCUUUAUUGUCCUCCACUUGACUUACAGAUUUGUAAAUGUUAGUGCCAGUAGCAGAUGGGAAGCCUGAGGUGAAGAGACCGCUGGGGAGACCUAGACGUAGAUGGGAGGAUAAUCUCAGGCGGGAUCUAUGGGAGAUAGGAGUUGAAGGAGACUGGAUUUUGUUGGCCCGGGACAGGGUCCGGUGGGGGCUUUGGUUAAUUAGGGCCGUUUCACACUGUCGACCGGUCGCCGGCGACCCAAUCGCUGAACGACCAAAACCAUCAGCGACCAAACGAGGAAACCAGCGCAGACAGAGGCCUCAGCCUCAGUACUUUGGAAGCAUUCAAGCAGUAUGGACGUCGAGGAGAUCACUAUAAUGAUAAAAAUUCGUUCCACUAAAAGAAACAGGAAAAAGAGUAGUAGAAAACAUUAGGUGCACCCUUUUUUCAACUCCCUAUUUGCAUAAUUGGGACUUCCAAGGUCCGAAAUGGCUCUUCGUGACUCUACGGCCGAAAUAAAUCUUUCGGUAUCAAAACUCAUAUUAUACUGAUCACUUGAGUGACAUGAACAAGACGGGAGAAAACAAGAAACAAUGGAUAUGUCACGUCUUUGAGCUCUGGUCGCUGACUGAGUCGCCCGCAAUGUGAACACGUGAUUGCCAUCUAUGUAUCUCGUGGUCGUUGGUCUCCUGUGCGUCGCUCAACUCUUGUUGGUCGACGGCGGCCAUUGGUCGUGGUCGCCCUCGUGUGUAAGCUCGUACUUAGCUUUUCUACCUGGUGGUCGUUCAGCGACCGGUCGUCAGUGUGAAACGGGCCUUAGGUGAGGAACCUUCGGGUUUGGUAAGCCAUCUAGUUAGUUAGGUAGUUAGUGCUAUAGUUAGAUAGCAACAUCCUAAAAUGGGGUUAGCACUUUUAAGUGACACAUUUUGAAAUGGUAAAUAGUCUGAAAUUAAGUGGAAGAAAUUAUGGAACGUUCAAAGAAACAAAAAACAGUAUUAUAAUGUAGGUUGCACCAUGGCACAGCUCACUUUCGAGAUAUAAAAGUAUAAAAUCUUGAAGGAAAUACCUUGCCUGUUUGAAGCCUUUAUUCUUCCAUAAUUUGAAGUGAAAUGUUACAAAGUUCCCUCCAGUCUUUGAUAACUGAGUGAAACUCUCCAAUAUUGUACCAACACAAAAUAAAAUGCCAAAAUUAUAAUAAAGCUCUUAUUGUUCAACUUAACAUCUCCACGUCAUGGAGGACGCCAGAGGCCAGCACAAGUCAGUGAUGUUUACAGCCGCGACGCGUCUCGACCUUGCUAACUCCUUAUCGAUUUUCGAGAGAGGAAAUAGGGAAUCGGGUCACUCUCGUUAAUAUGUCAGGAGCAAGGUCAUUUGUCUAUAGAAUUUAAUAUUUAUUGUUAGUGUUCGCAAAGCUUAAAGUGGUUUUUUGUUCAUUACGAGCUUUUUUUUGGCACAAGAUUUGUGUAUGUAAUUCGGAAAAAAUAGUCAUCCUCAUUUUCUCGCCUCAUUAAAAAUUAUUUCACAAAGUCAACUGUGUGUAUUACACCGAUGUUUCAGAUAAUCCAUUUCUAUAUUAAACCGUUGGACAAAACUAUUAUUAUCUACACCUUAGACCUUUACGUUAUAUAUCGUCAUUCAAUAUGUGGAGUUAAAAAAACCAUUUUAAAGUUUCUAUAAGCUAUUGUGUUCAAAUAAAAUCUGUUGUUUUUACAACGCGCUAAACUGUAGUGUUAAAAUAUUAUAAAAUUCACGAAUUAAAAUUAUAUUCCAAAUAAGCAUCACUCCUUUCUUUUAGGUUUUAUGCGUCAGCUUUUUUUUUGCUUUAGACUUUGCUGUUCACUGGUUUUAUGCUGUUUACAUAAAAUUAAGUUAUGAGAAUCAGCCUAUACGUUACUAUUCUACUCGUAAUUCAACUCCAGCGUUAAAAUAUUACGUAUUUAUAUGUUUUUGAACUUCAGGUCUACUAUAUUUGAUUUACGUGUCUUUGGCUAUUCACUGGACCUGUAAUGUAGCAGUACCAAAAUUUUCCCACUUCCCCUCCACUUUACCAGAACGAUUUCUGGCGUUUCUCGCUAAAUUAAACACAAAAUUAUGAUCUGUAACAGGCCAAUAAAUAUGACUACGAAGUUGGCUGUCUUCUGGGUUGUAACUCUAUAUAUUCUGGUAGAAGUUUACCAGCGUUUCAGAGGUUUUUAAUGCUUCCAUCAUCAGGGCGACCAGUUAUCAUUUGAAAUGUUGGUGAAAUUCAACCAGAAUAUAUAGAGUUACAACGAAGAAGACAGCCAUCUACCAGUCCUGCCUGCCUAUUACGCAAUUCCAGUGUCCACCUUUGGCCGCGGCCAUUUGAGUAUCUCGUCUUUGAGCGCAAGAAAAGUGUCACCCACGAAGACCAAGUCGACUUUAAAUGAUACAUACUAGAAAUUGCUUCUGAUUACUUAAGUAUAGAAGUUAAGUAAUACUAGGCAACGGCCCACUAAAAUCCGUAUAAGGGACCAGCAUGAUUUAUUCUGUUAGAAAUCGAUAAAUCACUCAGCCCAAUUGAUAUCUAUUAUAGACCUUGUGCUAAAAAUUCAAUCACUGUGCGUCACAGAUGACGACCGUGUAGGCUCGGAUAUUGGGGCGUGAACAUCACAACGUAAAGGAUACCGUAUUGAACGUGAUUAAAGUUUUAUACGAAUUCUGGCAGCCGUUAAUAUGUCAAAUACAAGGCCGAACUGCGAGGUUGUCCACACACGUUGAACUGGAUUAAAUUUAACUUACACUCUGACUGUCAUGUCUUUUGACCGUUAAGACGUCGAAAGCAAGGCUGAACUGCCCACAACUGGCACAAAGUCCUAUAUAUUAGUUGCCGCGCGGAAAUAAUGAGUAUUGCUGAAUGUAUGGACGUUAAGAUUGGAGAAGUUUUCUCUUUCAUAAUAAAGUGAAGUCAAAAUUUGUUAUGUCAAUAUGAAGCAACCCUCUGAAGCCGGCGAUUAUGUAAAUAAUAUUUAAUAAUUCAGUCCGUACCACAAAGAAAACACGACACGUCUCUGUUACAUAUAUCAACUUUUUAAUUCUGUUUAAGGAAAUAAUCGCUGUUUACAGUGGGAAUCAUACAAAACACACAAAUAAAAAUUAAUUAUUACCGAUCGCUGAAGCAAGUGGGGCACACACUAUUGGACUUUGAACGGUUAAUUUAACUUCUGAACGAUUUAUGCAAGUAAAGCUAAUGAGUACAGCGUUCUGCAAAAUAUUUUGAGUUACGUAUGAUUUAAAUUCUUUCAGUGUUUAAAAGCUAGGCGGUUACGGGCUACGAAAAAUUUAUUGUCUGUGUAAGCGUCAUGUUAUGUAAGGAGAAUGUAUUUCAUUUUAUGCUUUUAACACUGGAAGUGUGUCACAUUUUUCUAUUAAUUUAUUUUUUUCGUCGGGUCAUGAAUGAAAUGACUGAGGAGUGUGGUUAUAUUCUGGGUUGUUGCGUCGUAUAAUCUGGUAGAAGUUUACCGACGUUUCAGAUGUCCUUGCUGCGUCCAUCGGGGCUAUAAGUGGCUAAUCAGACUACACGAGGCAAAAGCCCGGAAGACAACCAACUUCAUACUCGCUGCCAUGAUCACCUGAAUGCUUACUGAAAUAUAUAUGGCAUUUUCUUCUUGCAGAAACGUGGUACAAAAAUUUCUUUCCCCUUUUCGGUUUGAACGAGACUAAGUGACAAGAGUCUUUUAAGAACAGACUGGAUUAUUUACAUUUUUAUUCAGCUCUUCUAGAUUAAAAUAAUCCGAUAUUUUCUUAACUUCUAUUUUAAUACCCAUAAGGAUUCUCUCUGUGGUGGCAAUUUAUAGACGACUAUUCAAGCCAUUAAUAUGUACUCUGUUAUUAAAAUAGAUUGAUAUGUAGAAGCGUAAUUAUGCCACAUGUUAAUUAGUGACUUAACCGAACUGCAACUAGUAGAUUCACAAGAGUUAUUUCAUUUUAAGCGUAACCUGCCUGCAUAAAUGUAAAUAUUUGUAAAAAUGAAUAUGUCAAUGAACAUUCCCUAUAACGACAAACGAACAAAUAUUAGAGAUUAAUAUCAGUAAUAUGUCUUUAUGUCAUUUUUAAACAUUACUCAAUGCUAAGAUGCAAGAUAUUUUGCUCUCUAAUGAGACUGCUUGAUGCUAUUUCAGUUUAGCGCAUUGUCAAACUGUUGAAUCCUUACGCAUACUUUAAUUGCAUUGCGAAAUGUAGGGACUUCAGAAAUGUGACAUGAAAUCAUAACAGAAUUAACACAUGCUCAACCAAAACAGUUAAGUGUAAGAAGAUUUCCGCCUUGCUCGUUAUAACGUUCAUCUAACCACGGAAAUAGCAUCAAGAAGGCCUUAUGUGGCUACAACUUUUACCCAUUGCUUAUUGUGCCAAAUACAAUGAACGGACAGUUGUAUUUUCGCGUGCAACAAUUACUUCCCGUUGAAGAUUAAAUAUGCCAGUGUUUUAAUUCAAUUUAUAAGGUUAUACCACCUUUUUUGCACUUUUUACGUGUUUAAUUAUUUAAUAAACUUUAAUCCCUAUACGAAAACUAAUUUACCUUUAAAUUAGCAAUGAUUCUAUGUCUGUCUAUGCGAAACAGAACGAGAUGGAUGAAACAACACUCCGAAGAACGUGCCACACUGUUGUGCCAUUUCAAGCAGACAUUGUUAUUAUUUUAUAGUUAUGUGACCUUUCCCACAUAGGAGAUUAAUUGAAAACAGUAAUCAAUGAUAUAGGGCAUUAUUAGAUGGUUUAAACAUGGCGAGUUGUGAUUUAUAUAUAUAUUGCUUAUAUACUCUUACGUAUAGCUCUCUAAAAAUCGAUAUGUUGAGUGUUUAACCUACCAGAGAGAGAGAGAGAGAGAGAAACAAAUAAUUUUCAUUAUGAGUGUAAGUAAUUAUUUGCUGUUCGUUCAUAAUCCUCUAUUCGUCAGUUGUAAAAUGUCUUUCAUUUUGGCUUCCUGUCAUGUUCACACGUUGGAAACCAUGUUGAAUUUUUCAGUGUUGUCUUACGGAUCGGUUGAUAAGAGAGGAAUAAAUAUUUGUGCCAGAUUAGUGUAAUACAUAAUAAGUUAUUUUGUUACCCUUUUUGAAACCUUCUUUCAGGGAAGGUAUAUUCUUAUUGUAAAUUUGGAUUUACUGCCAAUGUACAUUAUCGAGGUAGAUUGUUUUAAGGUAAAUAUUUUGAUCAUCAAACUUGUUCUUUAUUAUUUAUGUCAUCCAAUAUAUUUUCAUGAUUCAUAAUGAACAUUAAUUAUUAAUUUCUUUGUUUUAUUAUAAAAAUUGGCUGCAUUUUUAAUAUGCCUCAAAGAGUACAAAACGAUGAUACCAGUUUAUUAAUGAUGUUAUGUUGUAGUAGAAAUUGUUAGCAUCUAUGAACAUACAUGUUUUUUCCCCAAUAAUUAAGUGUUUUUACUCCUUAUCUGUUUGCAACACCGCCUUCCUCUCUCCCUAACAAUUGUCACCACUCCGUAGCACUUUGUUCGUGAAGAACAUAUUUCUGAAUUUGUGUCCAAACAUUAUAUUUAAAUUAUAAUGAGGCCUACAUUGUAAUAUUUGUAACUUACUUGUAACAUAUCAUGACUUGUUGGUUGUUAAAUAAUGUGAAGCCUUUGGCUACAGAAACAAGUGACAUUUGCCUACUUUCACGGCCAACUGGAAGUUGGAGCGAACGUUUUCUUGGAGGGGCGAUCACUUCUGUUGGCUAGCGAAGUGUUAAUUAAUUCUGUCUCUAGCCAACGAGUGAAACAAACGACAAUACACUCAUACGCGAUUUUCAUGCUGUAUUUAUUAAAAGCUGUUUGUCUCUUUAAAUCUUGGACAGUGGGAAAGAAUAAUGGUGCUAAAAUUGUCCACGAUAUUUUUGGGAGAGGAAUGUAACAUGAUAAUUCUAAGCGUUAAAGAUUGAAUUGUGGGAGAAAUAGUGUAAUUUUUGAGUAGAAAUUACUACAUUUCUUAUAUUGUGCCAUUUAUAAACUUAAAACUACAAUUUUAUCAAUUUAUGGCAUAUUUCUUAGUAUCUGAAACUGUAAUCCGUAAGUGCAUACUUAUAAGAAGAUAAAAAUAAUAAAAAGUCUUUCAGUAGCAACUUCUUUCUACAUACAAUUAGGAAUCUAGCAGCUGAAAUUUGUUACUCCAUAUAUUUUCCACGUCGUUUGCUCAAUUACUGUCAACUUUUGCCUGUUACAUUUUAUGGAGUGAAACGCUUUCUUUUAUACAUCACACCCGAUUUGAACUUUCACAUUUAAAACACAAUAUUCAAAUUAUACACUUGAACUUGCCAACUUAUAAUUUGUUCUUAAUUAAAAAUAUAAUAGCCUAUAUAACUGAUUAUUAAUUUGCAGGGAAAUCGAGUAGGGACGGUAUUCUGUCGGGAUUUAAAUGUUAAAAGUGUACCUGGGAACCGAAAGAUUCUGUGAUGAUGUUAAGUAGUUGUUCUCUUUGUAUAUUGUAAUCAGGGUCUAUUUUUUAUUUUUUGAAUUUGAAAGUACAGAGAGUUGAUAACACAAGGAGGCACAUUAAGAAUUUAGAUGUUAAUUUGAUGUGAUUUGUUUUAAAUGUCUGAAUAAUAACCUUAAUUUCACAAAACUGAAAUCAACUGUAAUUUUAUUCUAAUACCACACUUCCCUGUCAAUAUGUAACUGUAUAGACUGCGCAUUUGAAAUGUGGUACAUAUUAAUGUAUUCCCGUCUUUCAUGAAUUUACCGCAAAUCUGUAUUUUCUUCACACGAUAUAUCUUUUCACUACACCAAGGAUCGGAUACUUUUUUGCAAAAUAUCUUACAGUUCUCUCGAGAUGCAUUUCUCCUAAAGUAUUCUACGUAUAGGAAAUGCUGUCCUAUUUGUCGGUCAUAAUCUGCGUUAUGGCAUCGCGUUGUUUUGUAGGCGCUUACAAGUGUUUCGUAAGUAAAGUGGUGUGGGACAUUUAUACAGGAAUAAUAUGACCAAUGGGUACAGAAAAAAGUAGUUGGCAUAGAUCCCAUGUAAUGUGCAACUCCUACUAUGUCCUUACAAGGAUCUAAAUUUAAGGAUGGCACUGUGAAGAACCGGGGGGGGGGGAGUAGCGAUAAUGAAAUUUGCCCCUGUCAUUUUUGUCCUUUCCCAUUGGUUACCCUUCUCAAAACAAGAUACUAAAUCAUUCCACCCUGAAGAUGGUGGCGACACAUUGGUAACCACCUACAAAACUAGACGUAAUCAUAACCCAGGAGACCACACUCAACAAUUUCACCGCCCUGAGAAUCUCUGAUAUCUCAUUUCUUUAUUCGUUACUCUGACUAAAAACUAGAUCGAUUUUCAAAAAAAUUUAGAAUGUGCAGAAUAUUAACUCAUUGAGAUUCUCAAACUGUUACGUUGGUCUAUAGCACAAGAAAUAUAUGUUUUGCUACAGCUGCUUCCAUUUACCAGUGUUUCAACUCUCACUGUUCGCCGAAUUUCUGUACAGUCUCAACAGCAAGGCCUACUGAAUUUGUCUGAAAUUUGGCCGGGAGGCGAAUGUUUUAAUAGACAAAACACGAAUUGCUCUAAGCUCAAAUUAUAGUCAUGAGCAGUAUUUUAUUGUUAAGCACUAUGAAUAUUUACAAAUUAUAUAAUGAUUUGAAAGCCGUCAAAAAAUCUUGUCCCAGUUAACUAUACAUUGCGUCUUCAUGUAAUUAGUGGUUAGUAAGAAGUGGACAUGAUUAUGCCCUUCUAAGUUUUGUCGCCUCUUAGAUGGAGACUAUGUUUCUUAGAAACGUUGGCAUCUACUGACGAGUCUGUAUUGUGCCAGAACCCAUCAUCACCGCCUUGAAAACUUAAGAUAUCACAAGAAGUGAAUAUAAUCCGCCACUGCCAGUAUAAACUGUGUUUAAUUCUGCCGAACACAAAUUUUCCAGGGAUAUAGGAGCUUGGCAUUACUAAUGGGUUACAUUAAAAUCACAAGUACAAGUAAAUGUUCUGAUGAUACGUACAUCUGUGAACUUAUAAUUGGAGUAUACAGGGAAGCUUAUUUUCACGUAAAGGGGAGUGCUAUUACCUAAAAAACAAAAGCGUAUUAAUAUAUUAUUUAUUUAUAUAAAGAAUAUAGUUUAGUGCUAUAAUGAAACCGAUUACACCUUUCAGAUAUCUUUUACCAUCUCUUUUCGCUUGUGUUUGUUUUCAUUAAAGACUGCAUAGUUGUCAAAAUUUUCGGUAUCUCUGUAGUAUUAAACACCUGUUACUGUAAAACACAGAAAAAUUAUUUCGGUAUUUGAGAUAAUUCAUACCAAAAUUCGCGUCUCACAGAAAAUGGCAGAAUACUGGUACACUGGUAAAACAUUCCGUUAUCUCUGGAAAGUAAGACCAUAGAACAGUACCGAGACAGUUUUGUGCCUUCCACCAAAUGUAAAAUUCUUAACGGAUGUGAAAACUCGACAUGCAAUUUUUGUGAAAGACGCAUCAUUUCAACAUUGAUCUAAACAAUUGUGUGUGUUAGUCCCAAUCAAGCAGUACACUGUUAUAUCCUCUGUCCUAAAUAAGGGAUAUAAUCUCUGACACGGCACUUACUUCGGCUUAAAAAUAGUUGUUCUACGUUUGAUAAAAUGUCAGUAUUUAACAUUUGUAAGUUUAUAAAACAAUAUCGUUAAGGAAUGGUCGUUGCUGUUGAGGCUAGCAAAACCUUUGCGUGAUCAUUUGUUAGUUGUUACAAUUUUAAAUGGUCUACUAAAAGCAUUGGAUGUCUCUUAUCUGAUUUGUCAAGUGUCCAAGUUUUGUUUGGAAAAUUUAUUAAUGGAAAACAAUUUUAUUGAAUCAUAUUUGUACAGUAUUAUGAAGAUCUGGUUGAUGUAUUUUAUGUUAAAACAUUGUGUAAUUCGAUAACUAGGAUGAUGGUUUGCGGGUGGAUUAGACUAGCUGCCAUGUUUAUGUUGGCAGAAGCUGCGUGAACAUUAUCCACACCGAGUUUCUUAAAAUUUGCUCAACGUUUAUCUUCUAUAUACAUAUAUAUUCUCUCUGUCGAGCUUGUAUUUGAGAAUGCCGUAUGUAAUGUAUAAUAUUUUCAAUAAAUGAUUCUUUGUGUAUAUGCA